CAAUUUCUCUCAGUGCAUAGGAGCUGCACGGCGUUGCCACGACGCGUCCUCCCACACCUCCUUCUGCACGCCCUUGGUGAAGGCCAUGCAAAUGUUCUUCUUCUCCUUCUCCUGGUCGUCAUACUCGCUCAGCACAGGCAGCAGGAGCACCACCGUGGACACAAUGAGCAUGAGGAUGGCGGCGAUGGCGACGUUGGUUGUAGUCGCCCCAGCGAGUCCCUGCAUCCAGGAACCGCAGACAAACGCCGACAAAAGGUCAACUGGUGCAUCGCAUUCGGUGUCUGUCACCGACGGGCAACUUCAUGAGUGCCUGGCAGGCCAACACCACCAAACCUGCGCGCACAAAACAAAGAUCAUGAAAGCAGAACAGAACAACACGACCGCCGGACAUAAUGUGCAUGAGAGCACGUGAUUGAUAUGGAUGGAUGGAUGGAUGGACGUUCACAUGUGCAUUGUGCUACGCACCUGCAGCAUGGGAAGCACGCGGCAAACGCUCGGCCCAGCUGGUUGAAUGGCUGCUCCUCCUGAAUGAUCCUUUUCAGCGGGGAGGGGGGAGGGAGGGAGGGGGGAUAGCCGCUAUGCGGCGCUUGAGGGCUGUGAGGGACAGGUACCUACAGAAGCCAUUCGCAGCAGCCACAGGACCAGCACACUCACACACAUUCAAAGAACACUUGAGAUGUGUGUGCGUCUGUGCAUACUUUACGAUGUCGUGCACGCCAAUGAGGAGCGGCUCCCCGUCGGGACCAAUCAGGAAGGGCCUUUCUCUUUUGCCUGAUCAACACAAACGAGAAGACCGGAUGAGUGAGUGAGUGAGUGAGUGUGUCCAUCACAGUCGUCACCGUGGACAAGGAAAUAGUAGCCACUGGUAUCAAAGGGCCACUCAGCCCCUGCAACCACACACGUGAAUAGACACACGUAAGCGAAGAGGCGUGGCCUCCCACUGCCUUCCCAAUGCGUACCUUCAGCGCUCUCUACGUCGAUCCCCAGCUGCUGGGCAAUCAGCCGACAGACAAGGGCCUUGGGGCAGCCCGGAUCUGAAAGUCACCCACAUUCGCAUGGCGAGCAAGCAGGCAUCCCCUGCAUAUCAUCUCCCCAUACCUGUAACCAACCACAGCGUCAUUCUCAUUCCCAGGCAGAUCCUUGACCAGGGUCAUCACCUGAGGGAUCCAGCACACGGAUGCGAUCCCUCACACAUGCACAGACGUACCUUUUCCAACAGGUCGAUGAAGGUGUCAUCGUCGACGCCGUCAUCCAGCGGCACGCUGUCAUGCACGGAGCGGUCCAACCCGGCGAUACUGAAUAUAGACACGCACACACACAGAGUGAGAGGGAGAGAGCAAGCAGAUGACCCUUUUGCAGAUGAGUGCACUAGGCCUCGCACCUGAAUAACAGCAUCUGGCGGCCUCCGACUUCACAAAAUCCAUC